GUAUCGAGUUCAAAGAUCGAUCAGUUAGGAGGUUUUAAGCAAAGUAUGGCUUCUCCUUCACGCAAUGGCGCUACAUUUAUGUCGACCAAAGAGGAAUUCCAACCGCCCGAUCAGAAGGAUUCCGUGCCUUCGAAAACGACUUUCUAUUCGCAAUUGUCAAUUCGCGUAGCACAGCCAGUGGGUAGCAUGUCCAUAUCGCCGUCUAAUAGAGAUGUUGCGUUAGCAGCGAGAAAAGGACUUUUCAUCAUAGACCUUGAAAAUCCUUGGUCGCCUCCUCGUGUCCUUUAUCAUUUUACAAAUUGGGAGGUGGCUGAUAUCCAGUGGAACCCGCAUUCGGCUAGGGAUAAAUGGGUUGCGUCUACUUCGAAUCAAAAGGCAUUUAUCUGGAACCUUGAAAGACCAGAGCACAACACAAUUCAUAUCGUACUUCACGGCCAUACAAGAGCUAUUAGCGAUGUAAAUUGGAGUCCCUUUGAUCCUGAUAAAAUCGCUACGUGUUCCGUCGAUGCGUUUAUCAAUCUUUGGGACUUGAGGACACCUACCAAACCCAGUUCUUCCUUUUGUGCAUGGACAGCUGGCGCGACGCAAGUUAAAUUUAAUAGGAAAAAUAAAUACUUACUAGCAUCUGCUCAUGAUCGAGAUCUAAAAAUCUGGGAUAUUAGGAUGGGGUCUCUUCCAAUAACAUCAAUAAGAGCUCAUACGGCAAAAAUUUAUGGUAUAGACUGGAGUCGACACGAUGACAGUAAUAUCAUUACUUGUAGCUUGGACAAGUCAGUCAAAUAUUGGAAUAUACAUGAACCAGGAAAAUGUCAAGGUCAAAUUCUAACGAAUUCACCAGUUUGGAGAGCUCGACAUACACCAGUUGGCCACGGUAUUCUGACAAUGCCUCAACGUCUAGAAACAACAUUGUAUUUAUGGAACCGUGAGAAACCCGAAAAACCGGUACAUUCCUUUCAAGGUCAUAAAGAUGUUGUCAAAGAAUUUGUCUGGAGAAUGAAAGGAGGUGGCGAUUCGAAUGUGGAUGAUCGAGAAUUCCAACUAGUAACCUGGUCAAAGGAUCAACAUCUACGUCUCUGGCCUAUUAAAGAUGAACAUUUGCAGAGCAUCGGACAUAAAAGAGGUCAGCGUCGCAGGAUCACAGACAAGUUUACUCGAACCGGUCAUUCGACGCAUACCUAUCGUGACUCUCCCCGCAGAAAGCUUUUUACCUCUUCACAAACUUCCGCAUUAACUGUCCCGACAUUGAAAGUAAUGCCUGGAAACAGAAUGUCCAGCAUUACGAGUUAUAUGGGUCCCCCAUCGACCGAAAUAUAUCGGAGAUUAAAAAUAUCUCCAUUGUCAUGGAUGCAAGGUGUGAAGAUUAUCAAACAACGGGGAGAAGAGGCUGGAAGUGCCGGGACUGCACCACGUAAUUGGCUGGAUGAACUAGGUCAAGUCUCGAAAAAAUUUCCUCAAGUGGUAUUUAAUCCGUUGAUAAUACCCGAUAGACGGUGUACAAUAAGCCUUCAUUCCCAUGGCCCAUGGGCAGACGAUGGAGUUGCAUUUCUUCAAAUUAACGUAUAUUUUCCAGAAGAAUAUCCUGAGCGGGGUGUUCCCGAUUUUGAGAUUCAGAAGACUGGCAUGAUUUCAAUGAUGAGCCGUAGUCAAAUAUUACGGCUUCUAGACUUUAUCGCUAACAAGUGCGCCUCACAAAAACGUCCAUGCCUUGAAGCUUGCAUCCGAUAUCUUCUUGGUGAAGAAAGCGGAGAGAAAUAUGGAAGAAGUGAUAUGGAUUUGUCAAGACGGCCACCACAUGGUAGGAAUUGGAGUAGUCUGCAAGAUGCUGGUGAACGCGAUGACCAUAAUGUACCAUUUCCAAAUUUAUGUGGGGCAAGAUUUUCGGGAAACGGCCAGCUUAUUUGUUUCUUUUCGUGUUAUCGUGCACGGGAUUCAUCAAAUACGAAUCCUAAAAGCGCACGAUACACGUACACACAUCCCCCCACAUAUGAGUAUUUUGAUCAAUAUAAAGUUAUUUCGCAAUUACCCCGUCGUUUCGCUCAUCUUGGAGACGAUGACAAUCCGAGCAGUGAUGGGCCAGAUGACGAAAACGAGUCAUUAAAUCUCUUCAUGUAUCCAAGCAUACGUAAGCAAGAUACUGUUGGAACUGGUGCAUUGUACCAGCCAGCAACGAAACUCAAUCGAACGGGUUACACGGUAUAUCUUCAUGACUUAUCAGAUUGGAUACCAGUUAGCAAGAAAUUAGCCAUAGAAUACACGUUACUCGGGGAUGACCCAAUCCAUAUAUGCAACCAUAAUGCUCGUGUGGCAGCCAAACAUAAUCGUUCGGAUCUCGAAGAAAUUUGGUUACUAGCGGCACUCAUUCUUGACGAUCAAGUCCCAUGCGAUAAGAGACGCGGCUUUGUUGGCAGCGGUAUACAACAGAAUGUUCCAAGAUCAGCGACGAAGAGACGAGAUAGUGGCACCGCAGUAGAGCCACCAUUUAUAGAUGAUAACGGAUCGUUUAUGCCUUUUAGGAUACAAUGGGGAUAUCAUCCAUUUGGUGCAGACCUUGUUAAAAAGAUAUUUCAACAUUUCGCAACAAUUGGCGAUGUCCAAACACUUGCGAUGUUAUCUUGCGUAUUCCGUGAACCAGAAAAAAAAACGGUCGAAGCCGAUGAUAUGUCAACACCAGACUCUUUUGGUAGCGCCCCUUUAAAUCAAAGUUCCGAUUACUUUAAUUACCAACGCAAUCCUGAAAGACUUUCGUUAUCUACCUCACAUCGCACAAACGUCUCUUCGAUGAUGAAUCAUUCUUUCGUAUCCCAUUUUAGUGAUACGUACUCGUCUCGUGGAUCAUGGCAUGGCUAUUAUCCUAAUGAUUACGCUCUAAACUUUCUGUCUGCAACCCCUACAACGUUUGCUUCUAAUGGAUUCAGUCUAGGUGAAAGUACAGUGCAUGGAAUAAACAUGCCCAUACCUGACUCAUCAUAUCAUAAAAAGACUAUUCCUGGUAGCAUGAUGUCAUACCCAUCAAGUGGUAGUACAGCAGAUUCGCUUCCGAGAGGAAGUAGUCCGGCGGGAUUCGCAUCGAAGUCAGAAAACGAGCAUAUGAAUUCUGACAGGGGAGACUUUAGUAUUUCUGAGAACAAGAAGGAUUUUGAAGAUGAAACAUGGCCAACUCAUUUACCAUUACUAGAAACAGAUGCUCAAGCCGCAAUCACUUAUGAUCAAUACCGGCUUGCCUAUGCUAAAUUGCUAUAUAUGUGGGGACUAUUGGAAGCUCGUGCUGAAUUAUUGAAGUUUAUGGAUCUUGUGAAAUCAAAGACUAUAUUUGGCGGGUUGGUUGUUGAUAAGGAAAAUUUGCGAACUGUCCACAGUGUUUGCCAAACAUGUGGUAGUGCAACGGUAAACACCUCCACAAGAGGUCGUCUUAAAUUAAGGUGCACGAACGAGUCUUGUGAGACGAAUAAGAAGAACGCGAGGAAGGAGUCUGGUAUAAAAUGUUCAAUAUGUCGUUGUUUGACCAAAGGAUUAGUUAGCUUCUGUAUCAAGUGUAAUCAUGGUGGUCAUGCAAUGCAUAUGCGUGAUUGGUUUGCAAAUAACAAUGUCAAGUGUCCUAGUGGAUGUGGAUGCUCAUGUAUAUUGACACACCUGUUGGGUGAAGAAACUGGAUAUUUCACCUUUCUUCAGAAGAGUAUUUAUAUUGCCUCGACAGUAGAGAAAUACACGAGUUGA